CGAUUAUGUACUGUCCGAUGAACGAAGCAAUUAACGAUGGUUGAUAGAAAUCAACUAUUUAAAUGAGAAUAAUCUUAAUUAUUAAUUCAUUUAGACUCCAAUCAUCAACUAAUCAACUUGAAAAUGCUCAUCAAUCAAUUCCUACCAAUAGUAUCAUGUGUACUAAUUAUCUUACCAGUGUUGAUCGAGGGAAAUCAUCGUAACCCAGACUCGAGGAAUCAACGAGAUGCUAAAUUUAGAGUUGGCAACAAAUUGGUAACUAAACGACAACUUCAUGGUCACAUAAUUGAAACACCGAUAAGUGAAGAGGUUGCUUUAAUUGAGCAACAACCUCAACCUCAUCUUCAUCAUCAACAUCAACCUGUUGUUGUUACUCAUCCAAGUUCAGUUGAAAUAAUUCAAGAACAUCACCAAUUUGAUGAGAUUCCAAGGUAUUCAUCACAUCCACCCACUGAUUCAAUAAUUGCAACUCAUGGGCCUUUGAUCACUGCCACUACUCCUCCACAUCAUCAUCAUCAUCAUCAACAGCCUUCCCAUCAUCAUCUUAAUCCUCAGCAUCUUCAUCUUCUACCUUUGGUCCGUCCGGUUGUUAACCCAAUUCAUUUACCUGUUGACGUUCAAACUUCAACAAAGGUCGUUGAAGUUUCAGCAAUUAACUCAGACACUGGACACAGUCAUAGAUUAGGUGCUUUUGCUGUUCAACCAUUAAUUGAUCAUCUUCAUCUUGGCAGGAUUAAAAAUCUUCCUCAUCACCACCAUCACCACCCACAAGCAGCAAUAAUUUCCCUCCGGGGUCAACCAAAAUCUCGAGUUGAAAUGUUCCAACAACAGUCAAUUGAAACUCUGGAUCCAAUCGAGGAAAUCGGUACACCUUCUGAUCCUAAUCAACGAUCACCCAGUAAUCAGCCAUCAGGUUAUUUCGAGCAACAAUCAAUUGAUUAUCCAAGAAAUUCAAGAUUAUCCUCCCCACAAUCAACUAAAUUCACUAAAUUUAACCAACAACCAGAGCCAAUAGUUAGUGAGAAAAUUGUUUACACUCCAUUAAGUGAUGGUCAUCCUCAUGUCCAUCCACUUCAACCAGCUCGAUUAAUCAUUGAAGAUAAUCAUCAUUCACACAAUUCCCCGCAAUCAGCUGCUUUAAUUGUUGAAACACCAAAUCAUCAACAUCAUUUGGUUGAAUUAACACCAACAACUACUCAACAUCAAUCUCAUUCUGCUGUUAAAACAAGUCACUCGACUCGAUGCCGUCAAAAUCGGAUUUAAUGGACGAUAUUGAGGUUAUAUUCAUAAGCAUCAUCAUGGUAUCUGAUGGAGGAGAAUCAGGUGAAACUGAAGAGGAGGAAUUCAUUGGUGUUGGUGAAACAACAACAGUAUCAGCAGAUGUUGAAAUUAAUGAUGAGUUAAUUGCCAUUGUAUAAUUGGAAAAACAAAUUUUCUUCUCAUAAAAUCACAAUAAAAUGUAACAAAAAUA